AUAUAAUAAUAUAAUAAAUUAGUGAAUUGAAUAAUAUUGAAUUAUAAAUGAAAUUAUAUUUUAAUAAUGCUUACAAUACAAUUUGGACAAUGUGGAAAUCAAUUAGGACAUACAUUAUUCUCAGAAAUAUCAACUGAUAUGGAAUGUGUAAAUACAGGUGUAUCAUAUAAAACUAAUUAUCAAUACAUAGAAGAUACAUUUAAUAGAUGGUUUAGUGGUAUAACUAAAAGUAAUGACCGUUUAGCAAGAGCAAUUCUUAUAGAUACAGAACAAAAAGUCAUAAAUAAAAUUUAUAAUAACAAAAGUAAUUUAUGGACAUAUUCAACAAAAAAUGUAAUUUGUCAAGCUGGAGGAGGUUGUGCAAAUAAUUGGGCAUUUGGUUAUUUAAUAAAAGGUUAUGAAUUAAGUGAUGUGAUAUUAAAUUGUAUAAGACAAGAAAUAGAAAAAUUAGAUCAUUUUGAUGGAUUUCUUUUAUUAUUAAGUUCUGCAGGUGGAACAGGAUCUGGUAUUGGAAGUUAUAUUACAAAACUAUUACAUGAAGAAUAUAAUAAAAAAUCAAUUCUUAAUACAACAAUAUUACCAUUUUCAUUUGGUGAAGUAUGUACACAAAAUUAUAAUACAUUAUUAACUUUAGCAAAACUUUAUAAUGAAAGUGAUAUAAAUAUUUUAUUUGAAAAUGAACAAAUAUAUAAUAUAUGUACUAGUUUAUUAAAAAAAUCAUCUAUAAAUCUACAAGAUAUGAAUAAAAUUAUUUCAAAAAAAUUAUUAGCUACAUUUCAACCAGUAAAUUAUGAAAAACAUAACAUAAAUUCAUUAUUAUCUCAAAUAGCAUGUCAUCCUUCAUACAAAAUAGCAAUAAUAAAAAGUACUCCACAUAUACCGGUAACAUCUACAAACUACGAACCAAUAUAUAAUUGGAAUUCAUAUAUCCAUCAUUUAAAGCAAACACUUAGAAUACCAAAUUUAAAUUCACAGUUAACUAAUGUUGAAUUAAAAAUGCCAUCUAAUUUAUUAAGCAAUACUAUACAUCAUACAUAUGCGACUUCAGUAUCAAAUGUUUUAAUAACACGUGGAACAAUGUCAGAACAGGAUCUUAUAAUGAAAAAUAUACUUAAAGAAAAACAUUUAUAUGCAAAUUGGAAUACAAUUGAUUGGUUUACUCAUUUACAUCAAAAUCGAAAAUUUUUAAAUCAUGAUAAAUUUCUUGCUUUAAUAACCAAUAAUUCUCAAAUUUCUUAUUCUCUAGAUAUAUUUUUAAAUAAAACUUGGAAAUCUUAUGUUCAUUCUGCAUUUUUACAUCAAUAUAAACAAUUCGGUUUAGAAGAGGAUGAUUUUCUACAAGCAUUUUCAGUACUUGAAAAUGUUGUAAAAGAAUAUAAAGAAUUGGUCUCUCAUACAGAUUAAUAAUAAAUUAUAAUUGAAUUAAAUU